CUCUUCUUUGCGCUGCUCGCCAAUGCUGCUUGUUACACAGGACGAUCGGCUCGUGCACAGACGCUCGGACGUUCCUUCCUAUUCGGCUAAACGCGCCUGUCACAACAACUUCUAGCUUCCUUGCCUAAGGCUUCACCUAUCCUCGACACCAACCACCCCCCUCCCGCCAACGUCACAGUAUCGUCCACGCCUUCAAACUCCGGCAACACGGUCGCGCACCCCUACGGACUAUAUUUCUAUCGGCAUCCAUACCGAUAUAGCUAUCAAAAAUGCCAGGCGGCAAAGGAAAAACCGGAGGCAAGACAGGUGGAAAGGGUGACUCGCACGUCAAAACACCCAAGUCGCACUCCGCCAAAGCCGGCCUUCAGUUCCCUUGCGGCCGUAUAAAGCGUCACCUCCGUACCAUCACGCGCCAAAAGACGCGCAUCGGCGCCAAGGCCUCGAUUUAUCUGACGGCUGUCCUCGAGUACCUUACCGCCGAAGUGCUCGAACUAGCAGGCAACGCUGCCAAGGAUCUCAAGGUCAAGCGCAUCACGCCGCGCCAUCUUCAGCUCGCCAUCCGCGGUGACGAGGAGCUCGACACGCUUAUCCGCGCAACAAUCGCCUUCGGAGGUGUCUUGCCACAUAUCAACCGCGCGCUGCUCCUGAAGGUUGAGCAGAAGAAAAAGGGGGGCAAGCCUGCGGACGCAGCCUAGACGAAGGGCUUCAAGACCAUUUAGGCAACGAAGCAUCCGGCUAGGCAUCAGCCACGAGAGCUGAAGUGGAUUGGACGGAACUGCGACUACAGAGUUUUUCUUUUGUGCUGUUGUUUGAUACUUCUAUCGUUUCGAGGAGACAACGUUUGGCAAAGGCCGAAAAGCCUUGAAUUGCCCCACUUGUUCAGCUACGGAAUGUUGAGAUAGGGCUCGCGCGUCAGGCGCGUGGUUAGGUGUUCGGUCAGGAUACUCGGUUUUU